CCAACCUAGCUGGUAUCACGAAAAGCCGAGCGUUGGAGAUCUCCCUAGUCAUCUCUGCUCAAACGACGCGAGUUUGUUUACCUGUCAUACAUUUAUUGACAGCCAGAUAACGCCACGGACUUGGCUAAAGCAAAACGAUCAGGAACGUCUGCAUAUUUUGAUAACGGGUGAAAAUGUUUCGGGAAACACCAAAGAUCGUAAUUGAAGAUGCGACGGCGCCUAGCGCAGCUUACGCGCCCAGCGUACGCAUGGAGGAUUUAAUUGAUAAGUUGAAAAUCCUCAAUUACGACACUGAAUUCGUACAAAAUAUGAAAAUGAAACCUAUAAACAGGCAUUACUUUGUUGUUGCGACCAAUUCGGGGGAGCAGUUUUACAUGUUUACUUCGCUUGCUGCCUGGUUGAUAAGGAAAAGUGGAACGAGUUUUGAACAGCCGCAGGAAUACGAUGAUCCAAACUCAACCAUAUCCAUGAUUCUUGAUCACCUCAGAGCUAUCGACAUUGCCGUCGAAUUUCCUCCAAACAAAUUAAAGCAGGGCGCUGGCGAGCAUGCUAUUUAUGUAUUGGACUGCCUCGCUGAUCAGGCUAUCAGAGUUGUCAAUUUCAAAUGGAAAAAAGUUGAAAUACCCCCAGAAGAUCCUACACCGGAACCUGAGAUAGAAGAUGACGAUGCGGAGUUGAUACUGGAAAAAGUUGAGGAGGAAAUGUUGGCUGAGUAUGAGGAGGAGGACGAGGAUGACGUUUUACAUGUAGAUGACAUAACUAAAUUAUAUGGACAAAAUAUGCUUGACAUUCAGAAGCCGGAGAAUAUCCUUGAGUCUAAAACAGACAUGGAAGAAUGGAAACUCGAAUUAGAGAGAGUCUUACCUCAGCUGAAGGUAACUGUAAAAACUGAUUCCCGAGACUGGAGAGCUCACUUGGAUCAAAUGAAACAACAUCGGUCAAACAUUUAUGCGAAUCUUGGCAAUACAAAGAGCCAAUUAGAGAGGUUGCAUUCCGACAUAGCAAGUACGUUGGAUAAGAUAAAAACACGAGAAAUGUAUGUAAACAGACAACUGGAGCCUGUCCUAAACGAAUUUCAAACAUUGCAAGAGGAAAUGUCGAAAGUGAAGGAACAGUACAGAGACGUCAGUGGUGGAGUGACUGAGAGAACGAGAACUCUAAAUAAAUUAACUGACGAAUUAGAGCAAGUUAAGCGAGAAAUGGAUGAGAGAGGAUCAAGCAUGACAGAUGGAACUCCCUUGAUAAAUAUCAAAAAAACGAUUACAAAAAUGAAGAACGAAAUCUCGGAGAUGAACGUCAGAAUCGGUGUUCUUGAAUACAGCUUGAUGUGCACCAGAGUUCGUGAUCGUACUCAACUUCAGGAAGAUAUGAACAGCACAAGCAGCUCGUUGAUGAUUUGAGGAAAAUUCAAGGUCAUAGAUAUCUAAAGUUCGUGCAUAUUUUUCGUGUGCGACUGAAAGAUUUGCGGGGGAACUUUUCUAUCCGAUCAGUUAAUAUUACUGUCUUUGGAUUAUUACCUAGGUUUUUCAUACUUGGUAUUAGAAAUGGAAGUACUACAAACAGCAUAUCUGCAUAUUAUUCAUUUUCUCUUAUUGAGUAUUUAGUUUCGUUCCAUAAUAUGUCUGAAGAAAAUUUUUUCGGUAGCUGAAUCUCUGGGUGAAAAAAAACGGAAAACAAAUUGAUCAUAGCCACUAUUAAUUAAUCCGAAAGACGUUUCCUUGACGCUAUCAUAGUGCCUUGUUCACCACCGUUAUCAGUACCUGAGAUCCCACCGAAAUAGUUGAUAAGCUAUAACUAUAAACGGAAACUACAACCGUGUCUAGGUAAAGAUCAUUGCACGAUUAGUAAUAAGACACAUCGCAACUUAUAAACUAGUCAGCAUAAAUUGUUAUCAUUCCUUUGAUAUAAAUGUAUUUAUUAAAUUAAUGAUUCUCAGUC